AUGAACUCUCGAAUUUCAAUUUUUGAAAGCUACACAUGUUCCUACCGCAUUCAACCCCAGCUUAUCUCUCUCACUUCCAACCCAUCAGUCCCCACCAGCAAAGCUGCUCACGACUAUAGAAGCUGUGCGCAGCACAUCGUCACCUGGAAGGGCAUGCGUCGCCGCGAGGUGCGCCUCUGCAAUGCUGCUCCAUCAACGGCCCGUAACGAAAUCCGCGCUCUUUACGAGAAGAAGCAUUCCUCUCGCGACUUCAAGCGGCGGGCGGAGGAGUUCGCCCUGGAGGCUGUUUCUGGACGCGCGAAACAAGGCCGCAUCAGCGACACCUACGGCGACGCGGCUGCUUGCGCGAAGACCGACGCGGACGACGCCAUCUGCCUAAUGUGGGCCGGCCUGCGCCUCCCGGAGCACCACGCGGACCACGUUUUGUGGCGGAAUGCUGUCCGUUGCAUCAACAACGCGCCAAAAGGUUACGUGCCCCCUCGUCGCCGCUACGUCGGAGGUGCGGGAUUGCAGAAGACCCGGAAGAUGAUUGAGCAAGGCCUUUCCCCGAUGGUCGCCAGCUGGAAGCGUGACGGUGUCACGCUCUCGUCCGACAUCAUGCCCGACAAGAAUGGCCGCCCCCAGGGCAACGUCUUGCUCAUCAACGACUACGUCGGCCCCGAGCACGUGGUGUCUCUCUGCGUGGACGGCGGGAGCAAUUACGCGAGCGCCUUCAAGGAGUUGGCGCUUGAGUGGUCACACAUUGAGUUCGUCCCGUGCGCGACGCACGUCAUGGACUUGCUCAUGGAGGAUGUUGGGCGGAUGGAUUGGGCAAAGAACGUCGUGGAGAGGGCCAACGAGAUCAUCACCUUUGUGCGCAACCAUCACUUCACCCGCAGGUACCUGAGGAGCCCGCAAGUGCAAGGGGGAAAAGGGAAGCAAGUGCUGAAGCCGGCGGGCACAAGGUUUGGCACGCAAUUUACCGCUGUUUCUCGGCUUUGUGAGGUGCGGGUCUCUCUCGUGCAGAUGGUGCUGAGCAAGGAAUGGGAGGAGUUUGCGAAAACAAGGAAAGAAGGCGCCGAAACCUUCAAGUCCAAGAUCAUGGAUGACCCGUGGUGGAAGAAGGCUUCUUACUUCAGCGACUUGAUGAAGCUGCCAUUCGUCGUGAUGCGCGCCACCGUCUCAACCAAAAAAGGCAUGAUGGGGCGCAUCUACGACACGAUGCUUCAACUCACUCAAGAUGUGAACACUAAGGUUGAAGAGGGGGGGGAGGUCCUGACCCGGGCUGACAAGGCGGAGAUUACCAAGAUGGUGGGCACCCGCUGGGAUGGGAGCAUGGCAUGUGCCAUGCAUGUUGAGGGGCGGAUCCUGAACCCCCUCAACCAAGAACAAGGUAUCUUUCGCAAUGACUUGGAGUGCACCCGCAUCUUCAAGCCUUACCUCAACCGCCACUACGACGGCAUCACCAUCACGCGGAAGGAUGGUGAGGAGCGGCGGGCCGCCCAUGUCCUGCAGGAGGGGCUGGAGGCGUUCAUGACGCUUCAGGGAAGUUUCGGCCUCCCUGAGGCGAUUUCUGACCGUGAGCUUGUCAAGGCAGGGAAGAAGACCAUGGUCCAGUGGAGGACCUGGCACGGUACCGACAACCCAGAGCUGACUGCCCUGGCUUGCCGGGUCCUCUCUCAGCCCGUUUCCGCCGCUGCAUGCGAGCGGAAUUGGGCUAUGUGGGACGCUGUCCACACUGCACGGCGCAACAGGUUGGGGUCCGAAAAAUGCCGCGACCUAGUGUUUGUUGCGCACAAUUGGAACAUUGUGCACAACUGGCACAAGGCCGGGGAGGGGAUGGGGGUAUUGGUGGGGAACAUUCCCGAGCCUCCCAUCCCUGAGGGGUACAAGGAAGAUCGGGAGGAGGUGGAGGAGGGGGAGGAUGACGUGAUGGAGGAUGAGUAUGUUGAGUAG